AUGGCGACUCGUGUUUAUAUUGGACGUCUGUCCUAUCGUGCCUCUGAGCGUGACAUCGAGCAUUUCUUCCGUGGUUAUGGACGUAUUCGUGAUAUUGUUCUGAAGAACGGCUUCGGUUUUGUGGAAUUUGAUGAGCCGAGAGACGCAGACGAUGCUGUGUAUGAUCUCAACGGCAAGGAACUGGCUGGCGAACGCGUAAUGUUGGAAUUCUCGAAACGUGGCCCAAGGGCAGGUGGUGGGCGAGGAUUUGAUCGUUAUCCUCCGCAAAGGAGAGACGCCAGUUCUAGAUAUGGUCCACCCACGCAGACUCGCCAUCGUAUGAUCGUUGAGAACUUGUCCACGCGUAUAUCAUGGCAGGACUUGAAAGAUUUGAUGCGCAAAGCUGGAUGUGAGGUGACAUUUGCCGACGCUCACAAAAAUGAAAGAAAUGAAGGAGUGGUAUGCUUUGCUACGCGUGAGGAUCUUGAACGUGCACUGGACAAGCUGCAAGGUGAAGACGUAAACGGGCGCAAGCUGAAGUUGAUCGAUGACUCCGAGAGAAGCCGUAGCCGAUCUCGCGAUAGGAAGCGCUCGAGGAGCCGCAGCCGUAGCCGUUCACGUUCUCGAUCCAGAAGUCGUUCACGCUCUAGAAGUCGUAGCAAGUCCCGCUCACGAUCGCGAUCUCGUUCACACAGUGCGUCGCCAAAGAAGGAGAAUGGCGAUCGUGGUCGAUCCAAGUCUGGAUCUCGUUCAAGAAGCCAGUGA